ACCCCUUCAAAACCCAGAUCUCGAAUGGUUUCUCUGAAGCUAUGGUCGUCGGUUAUCCCCUCUAGUGCCUCGAAAUCGGAGAGUAAGGUUUCUGUCAACCCCGUUUACGUGCCUACGCCGCAUAAUUCGCUCACUAUGCCUGAAUCAGAACGGAGGCAGAGCUUUUGCUUCAUGUAUGCCGUGGAGAAUCCUGCAUUCAAAAGAAAAUUGACACCAUUGGAAGUGGCUCAGUAUGGACCUAGAUUUACAGGAGUUGGGACUCAGAUCCUCGGAGCUGAUGACAAGUACAUUGGCCAAUGUUAUGAAGAAUCCCAGAACUUUUGGGGAAGCAGGCAUGAGCUUGCAUUGGGUAAUACUUUCAUAGCCAAGAAAGGCAUGCAGCCACCAAGUAAGGACGUUCCUCCUCAGGAAUUUAAUAGCAAAGUGCUGGAAGGCUUUCAAGUCACCCCACUUUGGCAUCAAGGCUUCAUGCGUGAUGAUGGCAGGACAACAUUUUUGGAAACUGUGAAGACAGCACGCUGGGAGAAUAGGACUCGUCCCAUCCAUGGAUGGGGCAAUGUCGGGUCCAGGCAGAAGUCUACGGCAGGCUGGCUUGCUGCUGUUCCCAUAUUUGAAUCCCAUUGGCAAAUAUGCAUGGCAAGAGGACUUUCAACAGGCACUUUCCAAUCUCAUUAUGCAAUGAAAAUGAUUCAAUUGGUUGCAUCUACCAUUCUUCCUUUUCCUUUUAAUUUUCUCCUUUCUUGCCAUAUACUUACUGACCUCAUCUGGAUAGAGUGGGAUGGUGAGAGGUUUGAGUUUCAAGAUGCUCCUUCAUAUUCAGAAAAGAACUGGGUUGGAGCCUUUCCUAGAAAAUGGUUUUGGGUACAAUCCAAUGUCUUUGAAGGUGCAAGUGGAGAAGUUGCCUUGACUGCAGCUGGUGGGUGGAGCCAACUGCCUGGAUUAACGGAAACCUUUGAGAAAACUGCAUUGAUUGAAGUGCACUAUGGUGGGAUUUUCUAUGAAUUUGUGCCAUGGAAUGGUGUUCUAAAUUGGGAAGUUGCCCCAUGGGGUUACUGGUACAUGGCUGCAGAGAAUGAAACACAUAUGAUCUACUUUAUUGAUUCUGAGCAGGUUGAGUUAGAGGCUAGAGCAACGGAUCCAGGUACAACAUUGCGUGCUCCAACAUCAGAAGCUGGCUUUGCUCCAGCUUGCAAAGAUACUUGUUUUGGCGACCUAAGAAUGCAAAUAUGGGAUCGAAGAUCAGAUGGCAACAAGGGGAAGUUAAUCUUGGAUGUUACGAGUAACAUGGCAGCAGUAGAGGUCGGCGGAGGACCGUGGUUUGACACUUGGAAAGGCUCAACUUUGACUCCAGAACUCAUUAAAUUUGCUCUUCAGGUGUCUGUUGAUGUGGGUGGUAUAUUGGGUACGAUUCCAUUACUCAGACCCCCUGGUUUUUAGCCAACAGGACAUAAACCAUUAUUGCAAUAAAUAAGUUCUUUUAAC